AUGUCUUGCUCAUCUCACGUCUUCUCCUCCAGGGCUGGAGGCAGCAGCUCGGUCAGGGUGUCUGCUUGUGGAAGCAGCUUCAGCAGUGGAAGCAGAUGUGGUCUGGGGGGCAGUUCUACCCAGGGCUUCCUAGGAGGAAACAGCAGCUGUGGCCUGAGUGGGGGAUCUAGCGGUGGCUUUGGAGGCAGCUUUGGAGGAGGCUUUGGUAGCUGCUCAGUAGGGGGCAGUUCUAGCUUUGGCGGGGGCUCUGGAUUUGGCAGUAGUUCUGGUGGACGCUUCUGCAGCUACGGCGGUGGUAUGGGAGGUGGUGUUGGUGAUGGGGGGCUUUUCUCUGGAGGUGAAAAGCAAACCAUGCAGAACCUCAACGACCGCCUGGCCAAUUACCUGGACAAGGUCAGGGCCCUGGAGGAGGCCAACGCCGACCUGGAGAACAAAAUCAAGGAGUGGUAUGACAAAUUUGGGCCUGGGUCGAGAGCUUAUGAAUCUGGAAGAGAUUACAGCAAAUACUACGCAAUAAUUGAAGAUCUCAGGAACCAGAUCAUUGCAGCCACUAUUAAUAAUGCCAGCAUGACUUCCCCAAUUGACAAUGCUAGACUUGCAGCAGACGACUUCAAAAUGAAGUACGAAAACGAGCUCUAUCUUCGCCAGUCGGUUGAAGCUGAUAUAAACGGCCUGCAAAAAGUGCACGAUGAGCUGAAUGUGACCAUGUCGGACCUCAAAAUACAGUCAGAAAGCGUAACUGAAGAGCUGGCUUAUCUCAAGAAGAACCAUGAGGAGGAAAUGAGCACUUUGCAGAGACAGUCCAGCGGGGACGUGACCGUGGAAAUGAACGCGGCCCCAGGGGCAGAUCUGACCAAGCUGCUGAACAGCAUGCGGCAGCAGUACGAGGCGCUGGCUGAGCAAAACCACAGGGAGGCCGAGGAGCAGUUCAACAAGCAGAGCGCAUCCCUGCAGACACAGAUCUCCACGGACGCUGGAGCCGCUAGCUCAGCCAAGAGCGAGAUCAUGGAACUGAACCGAGUCCUCCAGUCUCUCCAGGUUGAACUCCAGUCUGCCCUGGCCAUGCAAAGCUCCCUGGAAGGGUCCCUGGCCGACACGGAGGCUGGCUACGUGGCUCAGCUGUCAGAGAUCCAGGUGCAGAUCAGCAGCCUGGAGGGGCAGAUCUGCCAGGUCCGGGGCGAGACCGAGUGCCAGAACGCGGAAUAUGAGCAACUGCUGGACAUCAAGACACGCCUGGAGAUGGAGAUCGAGACCUACCGCUGCCUGCUUGAUGGGGAGGGACGUUCCGGGGGCAGAGGGACUGGAGGUAAAGGAUCAUUCUGUGUGGACUCCCGAGGAGGAACCAGCACGACUCAAUCAAGGGAUUCAAGUAGAAGCAGAGAAACUAGGACAGUGACAGAUAAUGGCCAACAGAUUUCACCUCAAGUCAACAAUGUUUCUGAUGUAAAAUUCAAAUAG